GAUCAGCUGGCUGCCGAGCUGCCUUCCCCGUAGGCGGCGCAGGGCCUGGGCCGAGCCGGGAGUCGGGAUGGCAGCGGGGCCAGCGGCUGGAGCGGGGCAGCGCUGAUAUCCCGACCCGGAGCGCUGCCCGGGUCCAGGAACCGGGUAACUCUCCUCUUCUGAUUGAAGAAUGGUCGUGUUAAGGCAGUUUGGGUUGCUUCUCUGGAAGAACUACAUUUUGCAGAAGCGACAGAUUUUGGUAACGGUCAUAGAAAUCUGCUUGCCAUUGCUAUUUGCUGCAAUCCUCAUUGUGCUCCGCCACCGAGUGCAUUCGAUCAGUCACCCCAAUGCCACCAUCUACCCCAGCAAGUCAGUAGAUGAGCUGCCAUGGUUUUUCCAUCACCGGAAACUUAACCCCUGGGAGCUGGUUUAUGUCCCCUCCAACAUCACUGCUGUGAAGAGCAUCGCGGAGGUGGUGGAAAAGGCGUUGCACAUCAAUAUCAAAGCCCAAGGGUUUCCCUCGGAGAGGGAGUUUGAGGACUACGUGAAGUUUGAUAACCGCUCGGGUAAUGUGCUGGCCGCCCUUGUUUUCAAACACUGCUUCAAUCAGAGCAAGGACCCCUUGCCGCUGCAGGUUAAUUAUCAGCUGCGCUUCAAAUACAGCCCUAGGAAUGCCCCUCGGAGCGAGCAGACAGGCCUGAACCCCAACCUUGACCGUGACUGGCACACCAGCUACCUGUUUCCACUUUUCCAGUUACCGGGCCCCAGAGAAGCCAAGUUCCCAGAUGGAGGGACGCCAGGUUACAUCCGGGAAGGGUUCCUGGCCGUGCAGCAUGCCGUUGACAGAGCCAUUAUGCAAUACCAUGCCAACACCUCUGCCACCCACCUGCUGGAGGGGUUCACCGUGGUCGUCCAGCGCUUCCCCUACCCACCAUACGUCAAUGACCUCUUCCUCCUGGCCAUCCAGAACCAGCUGCCCCUGCUGCUCAUGCUGAGCUUCACCUACACCUCGCUCAACAUCAUCCGUGCCGUUGUGCACGAGAAGGAGAAAAAGUUAAAGGAGUACAUGCGCAUGAUGGGCCUCAGUAACUGGCUGCACUGGAGUGCCUGGUUCCUUAUGUUCUUCCUCUUCCUCCUGGUGUCCAUCUUCUUUGUCACGGUGCUCUUCUGUGUCAAGGUAAGCCAGCAGGGGGCAGUACUCACCAACAGUGACCCGACCCUCGUGUUCACCUUCCUGACCGUCUUCUCCAUUUCCUCCAUCUUCUUCAGCUUCAUGGUCAGCACCUUCUUCUCCAGAGCAAAUGUGGCAGCUGCCGCUGGGGGGUUCCUUUACUUUUUCUCCUACAUCCCCUACUUUUUUAUCUCGCCUCGCUACGACCUGAUGUCCCACAGUCAGAAACUGUCAUCCUGCCUCAUCUCCAAUGUUGCCAUGGCCAUGGGGGCACAACUGAUAGGCAUGUUUGAAGGAAAAGGGACCGGCAUUCAGUGGCAGGACCUCAUGAAGCCAGUCAGCGUGGAUGAUAACUUCACCUUUGCACAGGUGCUGGGGAUGCUGCUGUUGGAUUCUGUCCUCUAUGGCCUGGUGGCCUGGUAUGUGGAGGCCGUCUUCCCAGGGGAGUAUGGCGUGCCGCAGCCGUGGUACUUCUUCUUGACGCCCUCAUACUGGUGUGGGACUCCCAGAACUGUCCUGGGGAAAGAGAAGGAGGAAGACGAGGACCCAGAGAAGGCCCUGAAAAGCCAGUACAUUGAGGAAGAGCCUGCUGAUCUGGUGUCAGGGAUCAAAAUAAAGCACCUCUCCAAGGUGUUCAAAGUGGGGAGCAAGACCAAGGAGGCAGUAAGGGACUUGACCCUGAACAUGUAUGAGGGGCAAAUCACUGUCCUUCUGGGACACAACGGUGCCGGGAAGACGACCACCCUGUCCAUGCUCACAGGUCUGUAUCCGCCCACGAGCGGCCAGGCUUACAUCAGUGGCUACGAGAUCUCCCGGGACAUGGUUCUGAUCCGAAGGAGUCUGGGUCUGUGUCCCCAGCAUGACGUUCUGUUUGACAACAUGACAGUGGCAGAGCACCUGUACUUCUACUCUGGGCUGAAGGGCUACCCCUCACUGAAGUGCCCGGAGGAGAUUGACCGCAUUGUGAGGCUGUUGAACCUGGAGGAGAAGCGCUGCUCUCUGUCGAAGUCACUGUCUGGGGGCAUGAAACGCAAGCUGUCCAUCGGCAUCGCGCUCAUCGGGGACUCCAAGGUGGUGAUGCUGGAUGAGCCAACGUCAGGAAUGGACCCAGCCUCCCGCAGGGCCACCUGGGACCUCCUCCAGCACCAGAGGAGCAGCCGUACCAUCCUGCUGACCACCCACUUCAUGGACGAGGCAGACCUGCUUGGAGACCGCAUCGCCAUCAUGGCCCAGGGCGAGCUGCAAUGCUGCGGGUCCUCGCUCUUCCUCAAGCACAAAUAUGGUGCCGGCUACCACAUGGUGAUGGUGAAGGAGCCAUACUGUAACCUCGGAGAGAUCUCCCGCCUCAUUUGUCAGUACGUGCCCAAUGCCAGCCUGGAGAGCAACGCCGGGGCCGAGCUGUCGUUCAUUCUGCCCACAGAGAGCACACACAGGUUUGAGGCGCUGUUCACGGAGCUGGAGCAGAAACGGGAGGAGCUGGGGAUUGCUAGCUAUGGUGCCUCUGUCACCACUAUGGAGGAGGUCUUCCUCAGGGUUGGCAAGCUGGUGGACUCCAGUAUGGAUAUCCAAGCCAUCCAACUCCCUGCCCUGCAGUACCAACACGAGAGGCGGUCCAACGACUGGGCCAUGGAUGACUCUAGCAGCCUGAGUGGAAUGACUGACAUGACUGAUGAUAGUGGGGCUCUGAUCACGGAGGAUUGCUCCAGUAUCAAACUGAACACGGGGUUCUACCUGUGCUGCCAGCAGUUCUAUGCCAUGUUCAUGAAGAGGGCAGUGUACAGCUGGCGCAACUGGAAGAUGGUGGCAGCGCAGUUCCUGGUGCCUCUGAUUUUUACAACCCUUGCUCUGGUUGUUGCCAAGACCUUCCCUGGGCCGAGAGAUUCCGCGCUGCUCAGGCUGACGCUGGACCCGUAUGGCAAGACUGUCGUGCCUUUCUCUGUCUCCGAGGCAUCCAGGAUCUCCCCAAGGCUGGCGGAACAGUAUGCAGCGCUGCUGGAUGCCCAGGGCCAAGUGCCCCUGGAGGUGCUAGGUGACUUGGAGGAGUACCUGAUCUCCCGAGCGGCGGAAGAGGGCGGAACUUUCAACGAACGUUACAUAGCAGCUGCUUCCUUCGAAGAGGUCAAAAACCGCACGGUGGUCACGGCGCUGUUCAACAACCAGGCAUAUCAUGCCUCCGCCACUGCACUGAUGCUGGCAGACAACGCCCUGUUCCGGCUGCUGGCUGGACCCAAUGCUUCCAUCUCUGUCACCAACUAUCCCCAGCCCCGGAACAUCACAGAGACAGCGAAGGACCAGCUCAUGGAAGGCCAGACUGGCUUUGCCAUUGCUAUAAACUUGCUCUAUGGGAUGGCUUCCUUGUCCAGCACCUUUGCGCUCCUGCUGGUCAGCGAGAGAGCCAUCAAGGCCAAGCACGUGCAGUUUGUCAGCGGAGUCUACGUGGCCAAUUUUUGGCUCUCAGCCCUGCUUUGGGACCUCAUCAACUUCCUCAUUCCCUGUGCGCUGAUGCUGGUGAUAUUCCAAGCCUUCGACGUGAAAGCUUUCACCCAGGACAGCCACCUCGUCGAUGUGAUGCUGAUCUUCCUGCUCUACGGCUGGGCCAUCAUCCCCCUCAUGUACCUACUCAGCUUCUUCUUUUCAGUGGCAUCUACGGCCUACACGCGCCUCACCAUCUUCAACAUCUUCUCGGGCACAGCCACCUUCCUCGCAGUCACGAUCAUGAGCAUUCCAGAGCUGGGCCUCGUGGACCUGUCCAGAACCCUGGAUAAAAUCUUCUUGAUUUUGCCCAACUACUGCUUGGGUCAGUGCAUCAGUGACUUCUACCAGAACUAUGAGUUCAUUCAGUUUUGCACCUCUUCCGUCGAAGCCAUCAUCAUCUGCAAAGCAUUCAAUAUCAGUUACCAGACAAAUUACUUCUCAUGGGAGACUCCAGGGAUUGGGCAAUAUCUGACCUCCCUGAGUGUCCAGGGCGCCACCUUCCUCCUCCUUCUCUUCCUCAUUGAAACUAACCUCCUCUGGAGACUGAGGACCUUAGUCUGCGGCAUCUGUAGGAGGCGGAAAUGGGCAAUGCUUCUGAACAGGAUGCCUGUGCUGCCGGAAGACCGGGACGUGGCAGAUGAGAGGAAGAAAGUUUUGGAGUCCCCACCAGAGCUGCUGUCAUCGCUGAGCAGCCCGCUGGUCAUCAAAGAGCUCACUAAGGUUUAUAACAGCAGUGAGUCCCUGCUAGCUGUGGACAGAAUCUCCCUGGCGGUCAACAAAGGGGAGUGCUUCGGCCUGCUGGGCUUCAAUGGAGCUGGCAAAACCACCACCUUCAAAAUGCUGACGGGCGACGAGAGCAUCACCUCGGGGGAUGCCUAUGUGGACGGCCACAGCAUUCUGGCCAACAUCAAAAAGGUCCAGCAGCGGAUCGGCUACUGCCCUCAAUUUGAUGCCCUGUUGGAUCACAUGACUGGGCGGGAGACACUGAGCCUGUAUGCCCGGCUUCGGGGGAUUCCCGAGCGCUACAUCGGUAGCUGCGUGGAGAACAUGUUGCGAGGGCUGCUCUUGGAGCCCCACGCGGACAAGCUAGUGAGGUCCUACAGCGGCGGCAACAAGCGGAAGCUGAGCGCCGGCAUUGCCCUGAUCGGCGGGCCUCCUGUGAUCUUCAUGGAUGAGCCCUCCACCGGCAUGGACCCUGUAGCCCGGCGCCUGCUCUGGGAUGCUGUGACCAGGACACGGGAAUGUGGAAAAUCCAUCAUCAUCACCUCCCACAGCAUGGAAGAGUGUGAGGCCUUGUGCACCAGGCUGGCCAUCAUGGUGAACGGGCAGUUCAAAUGCCUGGGCAGCCCCCAGCACCUGAAGAGCAAGUUCGGCAGCGGAUACACCCUGCUGGCAAAAACCAGGGCCGAAGAGGAGGGCAACGUGCAGGUGUUCAAGGCCUUUGUGGAGAAGAUGUUUCCAGGGAGCGUCCUGAAGCACGAGCACCAAGGCAUGGUCCAUUAUCACUUGACCAACAAGAACCUCAGCUGGGCACAGGUCUUUGGGGUGCUGGAGAGAGCCAAAGAGAAGUUCCACGUGGAGGAUUAUUCCGUCAGCCAGAUCUCCCUGGAGCAAGUCUUCAUGAGCUUCACCCGCUUCCAGCACUGCACAGAGGAGCGAGGGAAAUGAACAGAGACCCACCUGCCCUCCUCCUGGACAGACCUGCUGCCUAUACAUAGUAUAUAUAGAGACAGUAAUUUAUAAUCUCAGCGUGUGUCUUAAAUAAUGUAUAAAUGUCAGAAAGUUUUGACCAGGGUGUGUUGGGGGGGGGGCAUCCUGUCUGCUCCUCAGUGCAAGGGUCACAAGGAGCAUGUGGAUGGGGGUGUGCGAAGCACAGACAGUGAAGAAGCUCACCAACUGCUGCCUUUUGAGGAAAUCUCUGAAUUUUACUCCCCCUUUCCCAUCUUCAAACCAGCUAAGAAGAGGACGGUACUCAAAGAUGGGGAAGCAGCCAAUGGAACUACAAAGCUGCUGGAGGCUAGUGUUCAUCUCUGCACCACGGCUACUCUACUCGAAGGGGGGAAUCCAUGUAUUGAACGAUUGGGGGGGGGGGGCGUUGGUCCAGAGCUCCCCUCUGGAUCGGUGUCCUUGUCACCGAUCCUUGCACACGUCUGUGUGGGGCGCUGACAGCACAUGCCUGAGUGUGCGAGAGACCGUCAUUCUUCAACAUUGACUCCCUUCCAUAGGCAUAGCAUCAAAAUGCAGGGGACAGGGGCACCAGCACAGAGGUGGGCACCUGAUCUUGCUCUUUGCAGUUGCGAGCAGAGUCUCUGUGGCUUUGCAGGGAGCAGGAUCGGGCCCCAUGCAUCCUUCAAGAGGGCUGCUUUGUUCCACGCUGGCAACAGUGUGAGACAGGUUUGCAUUGUAGAUGAGCAUGGGAGGAACUCUUCCGGCACCAUUCCAGAGGGUCCCCUCGCUAACGUGCCACAUCCCUGCACAUGCCUUAUCUGCACCUGGCUUUGGGACUCAUCCAUGUCGAAUUGUAUUCCAUUGGGGCUUGCUGGGAUCUAAGGGGACACUGUCACAUAGCUUAGAGCCAGCACUUCACUCGAGUCACUGGGAUCUGUUGGGGAUUAUCCUCCAGGAGCCCUUGGUGUUUAGAUGGAAAGAAGCAAAUAGCCACUGUUCAUGCAACAGGCCCUGCCAAUGAACCUUCCGUCCACUCCGCGGGGGCGGGGGUAGCAGCUGCUAAGAAGGACAGAGCUGUUCACUUUCUCUCUUUAAGCCUCCUGUCAGCCUGUCCUGUUCUGUCUUGACACUGGGGAGAGCCGCGUUCCGUACUGAGCUGGGCUGCGGCGAUGGCAUGCCGUCCUGGCACACAGCCAUCAGCAUGAGGCAUGCUCUGUGUUGGGAGGAUGCAAGACCCCACCGCCCAGGGAGCAGCUAUCGGAUACAACAGUUGCCCUCUUCAGAGACCAUCCUGCCUGCUAACAAGUGAAGGAGUUGUGCUGGCAUGCACUCUCAGAUGCUCUGAGUUCACUGCAUGGCCUGCACUUACAUCCUUCACAGCCAGCGUUUAACAACAGUUCUGGGCUUCCAGGGGUAAACGCCUGCCAUGCCCAGCACUGGGGUUGCAAUCCACAUAGAGCGGGCGCUUAUGUUCUAGAGGGGCACCCCAGAGAACAGUCUGUGGGGACAACCCAUGGCUGGCGCGCUGCAGAGCUGUCCGGGGAGGGUCUGGAUCUGUAGUAUAGACCCAGUGAGAUGCUUGUGGGCAUGGUUGGGGAGAGGCUUCCCUGGUGCAUGGUCCAGACCAGGGCAGUGAAAUUACAUUCCCAUCUGGCUGUCCCCUCCCCCAGCGCACAUGCCCCACAGAGUAAAUUCUAGGGGUGCAGGUAGACUAUCCCAGUAAGGACUUAAUGUGGAACAAGGGAACCCUGUUGAUCCAGUAGGGUUGGGGUGCUCCCACCCUGAGGUCAGCAUGGGCCUGUCUGUGCCAACGGGCGUGGCAUUUGCUGUCAGACUUGCACAGCACCUGCUGCAACGAGCAUCAGCUCAGCACUGAGCCCUGCAUAUGCUGCCAGCUAGCUCACCAAAAACCACCCUGGGAGGUUGGAGACAUGCCAUUGAAAAGGGAAAAGAUCCUCCGCCCCGUAAGGCUGCCUGUUGGUGGAAGGCCACUUGCUGUGGUCCCCAACCUGCAGCACUGUGAGAUCUUCAGUGAAACCUUCCUGCAGAGCACCCUGUGGGGUACGGGGCACGGCUGAUCUCUGUCCCGCUCCCUCCGAGGGAAGCUGUUACUGCUUACGUUGCUCUGCUGUGAGAGAUGGCUCAGUCUAACCCUAACUGCAGCCUGGGCACAAAUGAUUUGAGACACAUGUUCUGAUUCCCAAACCCCGAGCUGAGGCACUGGGAGCCAAGUCCCCAGCCCAGGUUCCGGCUCGUUCAGAUCCACAUGCAGAUUGUAACUGGUAUAAGUCUGGCCUCUACAUAGCGCCCAGACAGGGCACGGCAUUUGGUGGUCAAGGAAUAGCCCCAUCCCUGCCCUGAAAGUUUACAGUCUACAUGGCAGAGGGGACAGAGGCAAACGUGGGCUGGGAGGAGGAGGUUCAGGGGGUUGCUGUGCGAGACGUAGCCCUUUGUUAGUUCCUUAAAUGUUUUAAUUACAAUGGGUUGCCCUGGCAUAGUGGAUCCAAACACCCAGGCUGUGGGGGUUCCAACUGGUGCCCAACAGGAGCCCAGCUUGGUCUGACACCCAUGCUGCUAGUGGAGGCGUAGCUGUGGGGCCCUCUCCCUGCUCUCUCCUGAAGGCACUCCAAGGAGGUGGGCAACUUCUGGAUCCAAAUAUGUCAUGCCUGGGACACCUCUCUGCUCAGCCUGGGCUAGGUACCUCCCUAGCAAUGGCCAAACUGCCCCCACAGGGGGCACCACUGUGCUCCCUGCAGGGCUUGCAUGUCCCUCACCCUGCCGUGGGCCCGAUCCUGUGGCGUGCAGUGGAAGUGAUCAGUGAUUGUGGGCAGGGUUGAGCUCUCUGGCUUGCAGAGCCGUCCCUGUACGGAAGGGCCAGCUGAAGAGGCUGCAGGAGCAGCUGGUGGUAUAUUUGGGGUGUCUCGGUUCUUCUCCUUUGCCUAUAACCAGGUCUGAUUCCCAUGCUGAUGACUCGCUCCGUCCAUCUGACUGCUCCGUGCUCAGAGCACAGCUGAGAUAUUGCACUAUAGCUACACACACGAUUGCACAUAAGGAACUAAUAUUUAUGGGCGGGGUACAGAUUCCGUUUGAGUGGUCGUGUCAUUGGGGUUUUUAAUUUGUGUUUUGUUCCUGUAACCAGCCCCUUUUCUGUUCCGUUCUAUUCCCCCAAAUGUUACUAUGAUGGUGCAUCAUGUUACUGUAUAAGAAUGGCUCUGGCUCUUCACUGUG